AUGGCCCUACGAGGUAACAUUUCCCCUUGCGGAGCCGUGGCAAGGCCCGCCGCCUCCCUCGCACCCAUCGCACCCCGCGUCCUCGCCGCCUCCCUCUCGACCUCGUCGCGCAACGAACGCGCCAGCGCCCUCGAGCCCCGGACCGCCGGCACGCCCAGCCUGCUCCCCAACAACGUCCCCCUCCCGAGCCAGGAGGGCACCAAGGGCGUCCUGCAAUAUGCCCUCACAUCCCUCGACGUCAUCACAAACUGGGCUCGCCAGUCCUCCCUCUGGCCCAUGACCUUCGGCCUCGCCUGCUGCGCCGUCGAGAUGAUGCACCUCUCGACCCCGCGGUACGACCAGGACCGCCUCGGCAUCAUUUUCCGCGCCUCGCCGCGCCAGUCGGACGUCAUGAUCGUCGCCGGCACCCUCACCAACAAGAUGGCCCCGGCCCUGCGCCAGGUCUACGACCAGAUGCCCGAGCCCCGCUGGGUCAUCUCCAUGGGCUCCUGCGCCAACGGCGGCGGCUACUACCACUACAGCUACGCCGUCGUCCGCGGCUGCGACCGCAUCGUCCCCGUCGACGUCUACGUCCCCGGCUGCCCCCCGACCUCCGAGGCCCUCAUGUACGGCAUCUUCCAGCUCCAGCGCAAGAUGCGCAAUACCAAGAUCACGAGGAUGUGGCACAGGAAGUAG